AUGUCAUUUGAUGGGGACUGCCUGAUGUACCACGCCUUUUUGAACUCCUUUGACUGCACCAUUCAUCAUUCUACGGUGGCCGAUGCUGACAAGCACAACUGUCUCCUUGAGUACUGUACCGGGAAGGCCGCGAGAGUAAUUCAACCAUGCGCCUUGAUGUCGUCGCCAACACAAGGUUACCUCAAGGCCAGAGAGCUUUUGAAGAAGCGGUUUGGAGAUCCACAUGCCAUCGCCAAAGCAUGGAUAGCCAAGAUCGUGGAUGGGCAACCCGUUAAGCCAAACAACGGUGAAUCUCUCCGGGAAUUCGCAGAUGAUGUAACCAGCUGUUUAGAGCCGCUGCGAGCUAUGAAUAAGCUGAAUGAAAUCGACUCGCAAGACAGAAUGGUGAAGGUGGUGUCGCGGUUGCCAGUAUAUCUUCAAAGCCGAUGGAGAAAGAAAGCCUUUGAAAGCAAGGACAGCAAGGACAGAUAUCCGACCUUUGAAGAGCUGAGCCGGUUCCUGGACAGAGUGGCGGACGAAGCUUGCGAUCCCGUAUUCGGAAAGAUCGAUGUCCAGAGACCAAAGAAAGGCAUGAAAUUAAGACCUACAGGAAGGGCGCCAGCAAUUUCAACGUUCGAGCUGAAGAAAGCAAGGCCAAUCAUGCCAGUGCUACGUUCAAGUCAACUAAAUCUACGGUAG